AAGAAAGACCAAGCAAAUAAAAACCAGCUGCAGGAGCAAAGUUGACCCUUCUGAAAUUGAAAGACCAUGUCCUUCUCCACCAGAAUUUUGACGAUGAAAUGCAAGCAGACGAUUGAAUCCAAGAGGAUGUACUUUUACCAGGCGCUUUUUGCCAGCAGCAGGUUUCCCGGGCUGCCCAGGCUGUGCAGCAGCCUGGCGGUGCGGAGCAGCCCGCAGGAAGAGGCGGCGAACAAAGGUGAGGGGAGCGGAGCGGAGCUGCUGGAGCCUCCCCGGCACCGCCUGGGCCGGGUGAAGAGCCUGCAUGAAAUGCCCGGACCAAGCACCCUCUACAACCUCUACGAGUUCUUCUGGAAGGACGGUUUCGGCCGCAUUCAUGAAAUCCAGCAAAAACACACUCAAGAAUAUGGAAAGAUCUUCAAGUCUCACUUUGGUCCCCAGUUUGUCGUAUCCAUUGCAGAUCGAGACAUGGUUGCUCAAGUCCUGCGAGCAGAAGGUAGAGCACCACAAAGAGCUAACAUGGAAUCCUGGCAGGAGUACAGGGAUUUACGAGGGAGAGCCACAGGGCUUAUUUCUGCGGAGGGGGAGCAAUGGUUAAAAAUGAGAAGUGUACUGAGGCAAAAAAUUCUGAAACCCGAAGAUGUGGCUUUUUACUCUGAAGGAGUCAAUGAAGUUAUCAAAGACUUAAUUAAAAGAAUCCACACCCUCAGAAGUCAAGAGGAGGAUGGGGAAACAAUAACCAAUGUUAACAAACUUUUCUUCAAGUAUGCGAUGGAAGGUGUGGCGACUAUUCUGUAUGAAUGCCGUCUGGGCUGCCUGGAAAACAACAUCCCACAGCAGACUGUUGAAUACAUUGAGGCUCUGGAGUUGAUGUUUAGUAUGUUUAAGGUCACUAUGUAUGCAGGUGCUGUGCCCAAGUGGCUUCGUCCUCUUAUUCCAAAACCCUGGAGAGAGUUCUGCAGAUCCUGGGAUGGACUCUUCAAAUUUAGUCAAAUCCAUGUUAACAACAAAUUGAAGGCUAUUCAGUCUCAGCUGGACCAAGGAAAACUAGUGAAUGGUGGGCUACUUACAUACCUCCUAGUGAGUAAGGACCUUUCUUUGGAAGAGAUCUAUGCCAAUAUGACUGAAAUGCUUCUGGCAGGAGUGGACACAACUUCUUUUACUUUGUCCUGGGCAACAUACUUGUUGGCAAAGCACCCAGAUGUUCAACAAUGUGUUUAUGAGGAAAUAGUCAACAAGCUGGGCAAAGAUCAAAUUCCUGUUGCUCACGAUGUCCAGAAAUUGCCUUUGGUUAGAGCUGUGCUGAAAGAAACAUUGCGGUUAUAUCCAGUAUUGCCAGGAAAUGGAAGAGUGACCCAAAAAGACUUGAUCAUUGGAGGAUACUUUAUACCUAAAGGGACGCAGCUGGCACUUUGUCAUUACACUACUUCAUACAGCGAAGAAUAUUUCUCAAUGGCGAAUGAGUUCCGACCCCAGCGCUGGCUGAGGAAAGAUAACUUGGACAGAGUAGACAACUUUGGUUCCAUCCCCUUUGGCUAUGGCAUUCGAAGCUGUAUAGGGAAAAGAAUUGCAGAGCUGGAAAUUCAUCUUGCACUGAUUCAGUUACUUCAGAAUUUUGAGAUCAAAAUUUCUCCAAAAACUGAACCAGUUCAUGCCAAAACCCAUGGACUUUUGAUUCCUGGAAGCUCCAUCAAUAUGAGAUUUUCUGACAGAAAGUGAGACUUGGAUAUUUUGGAAAUACUUAUGCAAUUUUCAUGGAAACAGACUUGCAUCUUAGGGAUGUCUAAACAUGCUUGUUGGCUGGUUUGUAGGUAUUUGGCAAAAUGAUGAAGUAUUAAGUUUUGCCUUAGUUGUAGCAGUAUGUAAGAGAAAUUAUCUCUCCUGUAAUAGUUAUUUACACAUAUGGAAAUAUAUGCUGAAAAAAUUCCUCCUUGCACCGGGAAUCUCCUUUUACCUGGAAAGACUUCUAGUAAUAACACAUGCAUUGAAAAAAAAAACCACAACAAACUCCAAACAACCAAACGUAAAUUCACAUGUUAAUGUCAUUGAAUGGUUUUGUUAUGCUGUUUUGUCAUUGAAAUCAACUACUCAGUGAGUCUAUUUGAGAGCAAGGGGAUUGCUAUAUAAUAUGUGAAAAUUAGCUGCAUUUGUAAGUUUGUGUUUUCCUGUUACCUGUCCUUCAGUGUUUUAUAAAAGGCUCGACAUAACAUUGAUGUUAUUCCCUGCCUCCUCCCACACCAGAAAAAGGGAGGGGGAGAGUGCCCUUUCGUUGUAGGUACACAAUACCCAGUAAUUGAUACUGGGGGAAAAUUCCACCUUCUCUUUUCAAACCUGUAACAGCAUGCACUAAAAAAUUACUGCAGUAAUAUGAAAAGUAAAGUUAGAAAAAAGUACAACUUAUAUCACUUUGUUUAGACGUGAAAUAGAGAACAUAUACAAAUUUACCCAAAUAUCAUCACCGUAAAAUGUUUCUAUACAGUUAAAAAAAUUAAAAUCUUAAAAAUAGAAGUUCAGAUGUCACAUUGGAGAGUUUGAAGCCAGGCAUUAUCCUCAUCACCAAAGCACAAGCCACUUUCACUGUUCUAGCUAAUAUGCCCAAACCAAAUGUAAAUAAUAAAAAUCAAGUAGUUGUUGCAUUUUUAUCAUUUAAUUAAAAUACUACUAUUAGCUAUCUUCACAGUUCUUUGACAGCAAGAACUGGAAACUUUAUAUUUUAACUUGCUGAACCCAUAGGCAAAUACAAAGUUACCUUCUGUAGGAUGAAAAUGUGACUACUGAAGUAUUUGGAGCUUUUUUUUUUUUUUACUAUCUAGUGUCUAAUACAAGGAGUGGACACCUGAAAGGUUUUGUGUGUUUGUUUUUGUUUGCUUGUUUGUUUUUAUUUUUCCUGUUACAACUAACAGAAAAUUGUCUCUUGCAUGAUACUUUAGAUAACUUCAGUAUCACUGCACUGAUCUUACAUUCUCAUUUGUGAGAGAAACCUUAUACCUUGGGUCCAUGCUAUGCCUUCAAUAACACUCAAACCUGCAUGUAGGAUAUGAUACAUACGUAAUUAUGUAUAAUUCACUGUUUACAUGUCAGGCUCUGGCUGUUGUUUGGGAGGUAGUUUACAUUCCAAUAAUCAUAAAUUUUUCAACUAUAAGCAAAGUUAGCAAAAGUUGUGCAACUUGGUUUUUAAAAUGACAACAUUUUUCUUUGCUCAUCCACCCAUAAGAAGUCACAGACAGGUUAGAAACUAAAUAACACACUGUACCUUUAAUGGUGUACAUGAAAUUCCACAGAGCCAACUACUACAGUCACACAUCCUUGUAGUAUUUUGAUUCCUUAUUGUAGUGCCUUUUCAAGGUCUUGACAAAAGAAACCCAAAAUGUCAUUUGUAUGGAUUUGGUAUAUAAAAUAACAACACUAAGCAAAAUUGAUCUGUUUUGUGAACGGUUUAAAUGCUUAUACAAUGACUUUAAAAUGUUAUUCCUGUAAUGAGUACAUAUACAUCCUGUAAGAAAAACAGGGAAUCUGUGAAGGGUAUAUUUCUUGAACAAGCUUGCCUUCUGAUGCUGUUUUUUCAGGUUAUUCCCUUUUUUCCUUUUCUUUCCCAUUGUUAUUUGCAAUUGUCCCCAUCUAAAAUCUAAUUAACAGAGCUGCAUUUUCCAGAACCAACUGACAUCCCAAAGGAGAUGUUUUGCAAAGGUCUGUUCAAAAGUCUGAGGAAAGAGUAUUUGACUCCAUAACUCUGCCUGGUUUUGUUGAUUUGGAGACCAAGAGCUCCUGCCUUGAAUCCAAAUUUGGAUUCCCUGUGGUGCCCUCCUUUUGCAUUGUCAUAGAAUCAUUAGAAACACCAGCCAUUGCUACGCUCCAGUACAUUUGCUGCUUGUAUCAGUGCCUUGGUAACACAUCACUGUAGAAGAUGGAAGAGGUAUUCUAAAAUGCUUUUUAAAACAUUUGUAUCUUUUCAUGAUAACAGAAAGCCUGUAAUUGUUCUAAUAGAGUAUCUACCCAUGUAAG